ACAAUCCACCAGCUCAAGAUCAAGACCGUCUUCGACUCUCUCAACAAGCGCGAGAAGCUCUACGCCCACUACCUUGCACGCGCAGCAUGGCACGGCAGCAGGAUCAUCAUGCGGCAGGUGUCGCCCGAAAGCCCCGACAUCUUCGACUUCAUCAUGGACCUCUUCCAUGCUUGUAAUGGGGAAUGGGACACCUUGGUCGCGCAAUGCAAUAUCACUCCUGAAGAGUUGGCUUCUUUUCUCGAGUAUGCCGCCAUGUUUCUUUGCAACUUGGGCAACUUUUAUGGUGAGGGCGACCAGAAAUUCGUCCCUGAUGUGACGGCAGAAGCUCUCAGGAAGAUUGCAGCCAUUUCCCCAAAGACGAAAACCGGUUUGGACAAGAUCAUCGGCCCGAUGUUGGCGGUUCCACCAUUCAGCCUUGGAUACCCUAGCAAAAAUGCGCAGUCGGGCUACUACCCCACCGAUGAACCCAUCACCAAGGAUGAAAUCGCCAAGGUCUCGGAGGUUAUGAACGACAAGUCAAUAGGCCCGGAGAAUACCCGAGUUCGAAAAGUGAUCAAGGACGGCAAGCCUGUGUUGGAGCUGUUGCAAGCUUCUGUGGACACUGGUCCGCUCAGCAAUGGCGACAACGAGCUCGCAGAGGGUGUCGUCCUUGUCCGAGGAGAUCAUUCAAAGGAAUUGGCCAAGGUCUGCUCCGCUUUGGAAAUGGCAAAACAGUAUGCAGCCAACGACAAACAAACCGACUUCUUGACCCAUUACGUUGAGUGCUUCCGCACUGGCAGCUUAGAAGCUUUCCAGGAGUCGCAAAAGAUUUGGGUGACGGAUGUAUCAGCCAGAGUCGAGAACAUCCUUGGGUUCAUCGAGCCUUACCGGGACCCGGCUGGAAUUCGUUCUGAGUGGGGGGGUAUGAUAGGCAUUGCCGAUGUUGAUGAAAUCAAGACUCUAAAAAACUUUGUCGACAGUUCCGCUACAUUCAUUCGACAACUCCCAUGGGCAGUCAACGGCGUGAAUGAUGGGAAAGGACCGUUUGAGAAGAGUUUGUUUGAGGCCCCUGACUUUACCAGUGUCCACGCGCUCGCUGUGUGCGGCAGCGUCGUCUUUGAAGCCUCCAAUCUCCCGAAUUACGAUUACAUCCGAGAGACCUGCGGCUUCAAGAACAUUGUCCUCGCGAACCGUUUUAGCGUCAACAACAACCCCAAACUUCCCUGUUACUACGUUGAAUCCUCUGAGCUCAAGUUUUUCAAAAACACCACGCACAUAGUCAGAUUUCUCACCACAGCCAUUCACGAACUGAUUGGCCACGGAACCGGCAAGCUCCUCAGCGAGACUUCACCGGGAAUCUACAAUUUCGACAAGCAGAAUCCUCCAAUCAGUCCCCUCAGCGGGGAAGCCGUUACUUCACACUACCUACACGGUCAGACUUGGGGAAGCGUGUUCGGAAAGCUGGCAGCAACAGUGGAGGAAUGUCGUGCAUUCUUGAUGUCGGAAUAUUUCAUGGACAACAAGGAUCUAUUGAGGAUAUUUGGCUAUACUGAUAGAAGCAGCAUCACCGCUGAAGACCUUCUCUACGCCACAUAUCUCAACAUUGGUGUCGACGGUCUGCAAGCUCUCGAGCACUACAACUUCCAAGAUCAAGCUUGGGGCCAAGUCCACCACCAGGCCCACUUCUCCAUUCUCAAACAUCUCCUUCAAGACGGUGACGGAGUCAUCUCCAUAGCGCAGGAUCUCACGCAGCAAUCUCUCACGGUACAUGUUGAUCGGGCCAAAAUCCUUUCUCACGGUAAAUCAUCCCUGGGUCGGUAUCUCUGCAAGCUACACAUCUGGCGCUGCACCGCCGAUGUGUCCGCGUGCAGGAAGUUCUACGAGCCCUUGUGUGCAGUUGAUGGCGUGUAUGAGGAGUGGCGCAAGAUUGUCGUGUCGAAACCGAAUAUGAGGUGGAAGUUUGUGCAGCCGAAUACUUUCCUCACGGGUGGGGAUGUCGAAGUCAAGGUCUAUAGCGAGACUAAUGAGGGUAUUAUCCAGUCGUGGGCUGAGAGGGACAUCUGAAAUCGGAGAGUCGUCCAACGUAGUCUGCCUUGCUGUCAUUGCACGGCUUAUCAAUCCAGCAUGCGUGUGGUUUCUCUUAUUACUCAACUUGGCCAGUUAGGUAGCUUACUGAUACUAGCAUUCAGUUGGGAGUUUUCAAGCACAACUCUGCACAGAU